AUGUUGGCCCUAGGCGUGAGAACUCACCAACUCCGACACUGGUGCCUCGCACACCUCCGCGGCAAGAACGCUGGGGCCUUGGCACCGGAACAGGCCCCGAAGUCACAAUCCACGCUCGCCUCCUCCGUUCCAUCGGAGAGCCACGCUAACCUCAAUGACGCUACCGGCGCCUGCCAAGUGUUCGACGAAAUUCCCCACAGGGACACCCCGGACCGUGCCCUUCCCGAGCACGCGCGGAGGGGUUUGGUCCACCAGGUGCUAGACCGCUUCUUCGAUGUGCACCGCCGCCAUGGUGGGCGUGUUGGCGGUGGGGCACUGUUGGGCGUCCUCAAAGUCUGUGGGUCAGUGCCAGACAGAGUACUGGGGAAGCAGCUGCAUGGCCUGUGCGUCAGGUGCGGGCAUGAUCGUGGCGACGUCAGUGUGGGCACGUCUCUUGUUGACAUGUACAUGAAGUGGCACAGUGUUGUGGACGGCAGGAAGGUGUUUGAGGGAAUGCCCGAGAGGAAUGUUGUCACCUGGACAUCGUUGCUCACUGGGUACAUCCAGGCUGGAGCGUUAUUGGAUGUUAUGGAGCUCUUCUUCAGGAUGCGUGCUGAGGGGGUCUGGCCCAAUCCUUUCACAUUUGCGAGUGUUCUCUCAAUGGUGGCGAGCCAGGGUAUGGUUGAUCUCGGGCGGCGCGUGCAUGCUCAAUCAGUUAAGUUUGGUUGCUGUUCCACUGUGUUUGUGUGUAAUUCUCUGAUGAACAUGUAUGCAAAGUGUGGACUGGUUGAAGAAGCCAGGGUCGUGUUUUGUGGGAUGGAGACCAGGGACAUGGUGUCGUGGAACACAUUGAUGGCGGGCCUUGUGUUGAACGGUCGUGAUCUUGAAGCCCUGCAGCUGUUCCAUGAUUCACGAUCCAGUAUUACCAUGCUUACACAGUCGACAUACUCAACAGUGAUCAAAUUAUGUGCAAAUCUCAAACACCUUGGCCUGGCAUGUCAACUCCACAGCAGUGUUCUUAAACGUGGGUUUCAUUCGUAUGGCAAUGUAAUGACAGCCCUCAUGGAUGCCUACAGCAAAGCAGGUCAACUGGAUAAUGCUCUGGAUAUAUUUUUGUCGAUGUCAGGAUCUCAGAAUGUUGUUUCAUGGACUGCUAUGAUUAAUGGGUGCAUUCAGAACGGUGAUAUAACUCUUGCUGCUGCCCUUUUUAGCAGAAUGAGAGAAGAUGGUGUUGCUCCGAAUGAUUUCACCUACUCGACAAUUCUUACAGCGUCAGUGGCCAGCUUGCCUCCCCAAAUUCAUGCCCAGGUGAUCAAGACAAACUAUGAGUAUACACCAAUUGUUGGAACUGCACUUCUGGCCUCUUACUCUAAGCUUUGCAGCACUGAAGAAGCUCUUUCUAUAUUCAAAAUGAUUGACCAGAAGGAUGUUGUUUCAUGGUCUGCAAUGUUGACUUGCUAUGCCCAAGCUGGUGAUUGCGAUGGUGCCACAAAUGUAUUCAUCAAGAUGACAAUGCAUGGCUUGAAGCCAAAUGAGUUUACAAUCUCUAGUGUCAUUGAUGCUUGUGCUAGUCCGACAGCUGGAGUUGACCUGGGUAGGCAGUUCCAUGCUAUUUCUAUCAAGCACAGAUGCCAUGAUGCACUCUGUGUGAGCAGUGCACUUGUUAGUAUGUAUGCAAGAAAAGGGAGCAUCGAGAGUGCUCAGUGUGUCUUUGAGAGGCAAACAGAUAGAGAUUUGGUGUCAUGGAACUCAAUGCUAUCAGGGUACGCACAGCAUGGUUACAGCCAAAAGGCCCUUGAUGUAUUUCGACAGAUGGAAGCUGAGGGCAUUGAGAUGGAUGGCGUCACAUUCCUUUCUGUGAUCAUGGGAUGUGCUCAUGCUGGUCUUGUUGAAGAAGGUCAGCAAUACUUUGAUUCGAUGGGCAGAGACUAUGGGAUCACUCCAACCAUGGAGCAUUAUGCGUGCAUGGUUGAUCUCUAUAGCCGUGCAGACAAGCUUGAUGAAGCAAUGAGCCUUAUAGAAGGCAUGCCAUUCCCAGCAGGUCCAAUGGUAUGGCGCACAUUGCUAGGAGCUUGUAAAGUUCACAAGAAUGUUGAGCUUGGAAAGUUGGUUGCGGAGAAGCUGCUGUCACUUGAACCUCUUGACUCGGCUUUAUACGUGCUUCUCUCCAACAUUUAUUCGGCUGCGGGGAAGUGGAAAGAGAAGGAUGAAGUGAGGAAGCUCAUGGACACUAAAAAGGUUAAGAAAGAAGCUGGAUGCAGCUGGAUUCAGAUCAAGAAUAAAGUUCAUUCCUUUAUAGCUUCAGACAAGUCGCAUCCUUUAUCAGAACAGAUAUAUGCAAAGCUAAGGGUAAUGACAGCUAAGUUAAAGCAAGAAGGUUAUUGUCCUGAUACAAGCUUUGCGCUUCAUGAAGUGGCAGAAGAGCAGAAAGAAGCUAUGCUGGCAAUGCACAGUGAGCGCCUAGCCCUCGCAUUUGGUUUGAUAGCUACACCACCAGGGGUACCCCUUCACAUUUUUAAGAACCUGCGGGUGUGUGGGGACUGCCACACGGUGAUCAAAAUGGUCUCUGAAAUUGAGGAUAGGGAGAUUGUAAUGCGAGAUUGCAGCAGGUUCCACCACUUCAAUUCAGGGGUCUGCUCUUGUGGCGAUUUCUGGUGA